ACUAAAAUUAAAUAAACAAAAGAUUUAUCAAUUUAAAAAAAAAUGAUUUUUCAAUCUGUAUUAAAAUUUAAAAGUACAUCCCCCCCAAGGGAUGAGACACGUGAUUCGUUUGAACGAAGCGCCAAAACAUUGUCACUGCUAUUACUAUUAUUAUUUUUAUUUUAUUAUUUUGAUGCGGAUCGAAGUGUUGGGAGGGGAUUAAAAAUAGUCAUACAAGUGUGCACGCGGUCCAUAUUAGCAAAAAAAUAAAAAUAAAUAAAUAAGUAAUCAAUGUUUAUUAAAUGGAGAUAUUAAUUGUGAUAAAUCAGUGAUUUAUGAUAUUGAUUUUGGUAGUUAAUUAAAAAAUAAUAAUGGAAGAAGAAGAAGAAAAAAAUAGUAUAAUAAUUGAUAUUAAUGAGAAAAAUUAUGUAAAAAAUAAUUCAAGUCCAAAUUUGAGUAUUUAUCGUUCAAUUCAGAGUAAUUUAAAUAAUGCUGAUUCACAACAAACACUGUAUCACAGUGUUAGAAAUACAAUGUAUGAAGAUGCAAUAAGUAUGGACAUUGUUGAUGGUACUGGUGAUGGUAAUUAUGAUUUUGAAAAUUCAACUCUCAGAGGUACACGUGAGACUCUAAUUGAUGAUGAUGAUUUUCAUGAUGUUAGAACACAUCCAGAAACAAAUGGAAAUCCACCAUUGUUGCCAGAAGUUGAUGAGACAAAUUUAUUCUUUAGAGAUGGUAUUAGAUCAAUUGAUUUUGUACUUGUUUGGGAUGAACAUGAUACACAUUCACUUUCAUUUAGAUGUACAGAAUUUAGAAAGAUAUUUGAAAAAAAUCUUGAAAAUGAAGGACUACAACUUGAGUAUGAAGAUGUUGAACCAAAUGGUUUACGUUUUAUUAAAAUUCAUGCACCAAAAACAGUGUUACGUUGUUAUUCAGCAAUAUUAAAAUUACGAUUACCAAUGAAAGAAUUAAUUAAAAAUAAUGAAACAACAACAACACAAAGUUCAAAUGUUUUAAUACAAGAAGUUAAUAGUUGGAUUAAUAAUAUUAUGAAAUAUUUUUAUGUUGAUCAAAAUAUAUUUCCAACAAUGAAACAUAAUUUUACAUCUGUUUAUAGUCGUGAUAAAGAGUACUUAUUUGAUUUAGAUAAACCAGAUUUUUUUACAUCAUCAACACGUUCAAGAAUUGUACAAUUUAUACUUGAUAGAACAAAAUUUACUGAUAAUUCAGAAGAUGAUUUUGCAUUUGGUAUUGAUAGAUUAAUAUCUGAGCAUGCAUAUGUUGCAGCAUAUCCACUUCAUGAUGGUAAUUUAAGAAGUCCAGGUUCAAUGAGAUAUUUAUUGUACAAACAUUGGGCAAGCUUAACAAAGUGUUUUCACUAUCAACCCUUGGAUUAUAUAAAGGAUUAUUUUGGUGUUAAAAUUGGUCUUUAUUUUGCUUGGCUGGGUUUUUAUACACACAUGUUGAUACCAGCAAGCAUUGUUGGUUUAUUAUGUUUCACUUAUGGAUGGUUAACACUCUAUGACAAUAAACCAAGUGAAGAUAUUUGUAAUGGCAAUAAUUCAAUUGACAUGUGUCCAUUGUGUGAUCAUUUUUGUUCAUAUUGGGAUUUACGUGAAACAUGUUUACAUGGUAGAUUGACAUAUUUAUUUGACAAUCCAUCAACAGUAUUUUUUGCUGUAUUUAUGUCAUUAUGGACAACCCUAUUUCUUGAAUUUUGGAAAAAAUAUUCAGCUGAAAUAACACACAGAUGGGAUUUAACUGGUCUUGAUGCACAAGAAGAACAUCCAAGACCACAUUAUCUAGCAAGACUUGCACAUGUUAAAAAAAAAAAAAAUAAUGUUAUUACAAAUGCAAUUGAGCCAAAAGUACCAUUCUGGAGUAUGAAAUUACCAGCAACAAUAUUAAGUUUUUCAGUUGUCAUGUUGCUAAUUGCCAUUGCUAUGGCAUCUGUACUUGGUGUUAUAUUUUAUCGUAUGUCAUUAUUAACGACAAUGAGUUUAUGGGGUAAUUCAGCAAUAACAAGUAAUGCAAUAUUAUUUACAACAGCAACAGCAGCAUGUAUUAAUUUAUGCUGUAUUGUAUUAUUUAAUUGGCUAUAUGUAUGGCUUGCUGAAUAUUUAACUGAAUACGAAUUAUUACGUACACAAACUGAAUUUGAUGAUAGUUUAACAUUAAAAAUAUAUUUAUUACAAUUUGUCAAUUAUUAUGCAUCAAUUUUUUAUAUUGCAUUUUUUAAGGGUAAAUUUAUUGGUCAUCCAAGUACUUAUAAUAGAUUUUUCAAUUAUAGACAAGAGGAAUGUGGUCCUGGUGGUUGUUUAACUGAGCUUUGUAUACAAUUAAGUAUUAUCAUGAUUGGUAAACAAGUUAUGAAUUCAAUUUUAGAAAUGCUUGAACCAUUAUUUUAUAAAUGGAUUAAUACAUGGAAAGUACAUUUAAAACCUAAAAAUUCAAUGAAAAAUCAUCAAAAUAAUUUAAAUAAUCCUAAUAAUAAUUUACAAAGAAAUUUUGUUAAAAAAUAUUCACCAUGGAUUAGAGAUUUUAAACUUGUUGAAUGGGGACCACGUAGUUUAUUUCCUGAAUAUUUAGAAAUGGUUUUACAAUAUGGUUUUAUAACAAUAUUUGUUGCUGCAUUUCCAUUAGCACCAUUUUUUGCAUUGUUAAAUAAUAUAUUUGAAAUGCGUUUGGAUGCUAAAAAAUUACUGAGAAUGUAUAGACGACCAGUUAGUCAACGUGUUCAUGAUAUUGGUAUAUGGUAUAAAAUACUUGAUUCAAUUGCUAAGCUGUCAGUUAUAACAAAUGGAUUUAUCAUAGCAUUUACAUCAAAUUUUAUACCAAAAUUAAUUUAUCAAUUGUAUAUAUCAGACAAUCAUAGUUUAGAUGGUUUUUUGGAAUAUUCAUUGUCAAAAUUUAAUACAAGUGAAUUUGAAGCUGGUACUAGUCCAGCAAAUAAUCUUCGACAUAUUGAAAUAUGUCGUUAUUCGGAUUUUCGUGAACCAGCUGAUUCAAUUGAUAAAUACAAAUACACCAGAGUUUUUUGGUAUAUUUUAGCUGCUAGAUUAGCAUUUGUUGUUUUAUUUGAGAACAUUGUGGCUGUUGUGAUAAUACUGGUACGAUGGUGUGUACCAGAUAUGAGUCAAGAAUUACGUGAUAAAAUAAGACGUGAAGUAUACAUAACAAAUGAAAUUGUCAUUCAUCAUGAAGCUCAAAGAGCUCUACAACGAAAUACUAUUAAUGAACCUGAAAUUAUUUGUCGUCAAUAUCAACAAAAUGAAAAUGCUAAUAGAUGGAAUCAUGUGAUGAAUGAUUGUACAUCAAUAACAGACUUUGAUCUUGAAGUUCAUGGUGCACCUGUAUCAUCAACACGAACAGAUGGUCUGUCUUAAAUCUUAAUCGAAAUUUUUAAUCAAAUCAAAUAUUAUAUUUUAUUGACAAAAGAAAAUUUAUGUUUAGAUUUGUUUAUUCAUUUGAUUUUUAUAUUGUUUAAAUUUUUAUAUAUUCUAAAUGUUAUUACAUUAUUAUAUUUUAUUUUUUUCUCAUUGUCUAUUUUAUUAUUGUUUUUUUUUUUUUUUUUCAAAUGGAGAUGUGUAUAAAGACGUGAUAUUAAUUUUUUUACAACGAGUACAAUCAUGAUAGUCAAAAGUAAAAUUAAAUGAAAAUAUAAAUUUAUAUAAAUACAUUUAUAAGUAUAAUAACAAAGAUUAUCUAAUUAUUUUUAUAUCAAUUAUCAAAAAAUAGAAAAUAUUCCAAGAAAAAAUAGCUACUUAAUUUAAUGAUUAAAAUCUUUAACUUAAUAAUUUUUAAUAGAUCUUUUGGAGUUUGUACUUUAACAAAAUUUAUUAGAGCUUUUUGGAAUGUUUAUUAAUUUAUAAUGUUUAAGAAAAUAAAAUAAAAUAAAUCUAUAUAUCUAUAAUUGCUAGCUGGAUUAAUUAUUAAUUUUGUUUUUCAAUUUUAUCUUAUUGUUAAAUUAUAAACCAGGAUGAGAUGUCCACGUGUUAUUUAUUU